ACCAUCAAACCUCACUACUCCGCCUGCUAUCUUCCUCAUCUCUCAACCAACAACUUACAGUCACUAAAAAUGGCAUCAAUUAAUUUCAACCCAUUUGGUGAAAACUGGUUCAAGAAACCCCCAAACCCUUUACAACCCAUAAAUUUCCAAUCUUUAACAGAAUCUUUAAACCCAUUUAAACCCAAUUCCAAUUCCAGCCCAUUUGCAGCUAUUUCCAUUUCCAACCCAUUCAAGAAAAAGCCCGACCCAGAACCCGAAAGACCCAAACCCGGAACUUACAAGAAAAUGCUUGAACAGUUCUACUGGGAAUCUGAAAACCGGCCUGAUUAUAGACACACCCCUGAAGUUGAAAAGGUUUUGAAAGAUGACCCGUUUUUUGAAAUCAAAGAAAACCCGACCCGAGAAGAGAUUGAAGAGAAUGAGAGAUGGUUAAAGGAGUUUAGAGAAAACCCAGUUGUGAAAUUUUUGGUCCGGGCAGAGGAAGUUGCAGAUGAGCUAAAUGACAUGGAACUUAAGGCGAAUUCGGAACCGUAUCGAUGGGAGGAUAAAAAGUAUUGGAAAUCCAUACCACAUGUGAUUGGCCCAGAUGGUAGACCUAUGGUUAGGAAAGCUAUAAAGACUAAGAAAGAAUCUGAUGAUAAGUUUUGGGAUUUUGCUAAGCAGUUUUUUUUCGGGUUGUGGGGUUUUAGGCAACGCCCGUAUCCGCCGGGCAGGCCCAUUGAUGUUUCUCAGGCUGUUGGGUAUAAGAGGCUUGAGAAAAGAUAUUAUGAUUUUAUUAUGAGGUCUGGUGGAUUUUACUACAAAGACCGGAUAGGUCGAACAAGAGGACCCUGUGAAUUGAUACAGCUUAAGACCGCAUGGGGCGCUGGAAUUAUUGAUAAACAUACUUUUAUUUGGGGCGAAGACUUGGAUGAGUGGGUCCCAAUCGGUAUGCUUUAUGGUAUGGAGCGUGCAAUUGCCACUUGGGAAGUGAGAUUGGGUGCUGCAGCCACCGCUUUCAUUCACAAACUGCAAAAGGGUAUACCUCCAUGGGCCCCCCUAAAAGGUUUCGAGAAAAAAAGCCUUAAGCAACUUCAGGAUGAAGCAUAUGAAAGCAAGAAACGGGAUUUAGCUGUACUAGAAGCUAAUGAUGGGAUCUGGCCGGGCGUGAGAAUCCCUAGUCAUGCUCUGUUUCUUUGGGCCAGUGGCGCUGAGCUCACAACAAUUUUGGAACAAGACCACAUGCCCAACAAAUACAUACCGAAAGAUAUGAGGAAACAGCUGCAAAAAGCUAUUCCAGGGUUGAGGCCAUGGGAGGUACUAAGUGUAGAACAAGCCAUGGAUCAGAUAACGUAUGGCGGUGAAUGGUAUCGUGAACCUCUUGGUGCAUAUACAACCGGGCCUCCAUACAUUCAGGAUUGGAAUGAAGAUGUCGAGGACUUCAUUGACUCGUACCAACAAUUCACUGAAGUGAUGUGUGAGUUUUUGGAAGAAGCUAUUCCUGGGUUCGACAAGGUAUUGGACAAGGUUGAUGCAGAAGCUGAGGAGAAAUACAGAAGACGGAUGGAAAGCGGGAAGAAAAAGAUUGAAGCAAUAAAGCGGGCUCGACGCCCAAAACGAGUUGAUCCCGAUGACGAUGAAGAUGAUCUAUGAGCUAUUAUGUAAUUCUCUUUCUUUCUUAUCAAAGAAACUGAUUUUGGAGGUUCACAUCACGGGCUAUCAGCUAUAUUGGUAGGUUAUGUACCUGAUAAGUGCGUUGUAACUAGGUCUAGAUGUUACAUUAAUCCUACUUGUGUUCCAUUUUUGUUGUAUGGUUUGAAGUUGGUUUCAAGGAAAUUAGCAUUAUGUCUUA